UUGAAAGCAGGCAGCUAUUGAGCGCCACGCGCCGGUCGAAACGCGCACGCGAUCGAAUAACGAAUAAAAAUAAUUUUGGGUGUCCCACUAGGGUGCAUUCUCAGCACAGUGAACAUUUCUAAUUCAUACAUAUAAUUUGUGUUACGUGUUCUGGAAGUGAAUUGUUCUCUGGUCCAGCUUAUGCAGAUGCUGUGAUGCAUGGUCAAAUGUACGAGUGAAAUGCUGAUAACUUCAAGUGAAAAACUCACAGUGAAGUGUAAAUAAGUGUAAGUGUAAAGCAAACAGUGUAUAUGAGUGAAAAAGAGUGUUUGGGUAAAAUGACGAACAUUACGCCGGAGACGAGGAUCAUGAUGAUGAGGGGGGAAGAUGGGAGACAAGGAUACAGACGACAGAUCCUAGCAGCUCUGGCGGUGUCCCUCGGCCCAUUCGCCGCAGGGCUCAGCAAAGGCUACAUGUCACCAGCCAUCGCGUCCAUGCAGGAAGACAGGCUGCACAAAGGAUCGUUCACCGUUAGCGAUCAACAGGCGAGUUGGAUUGCGAGUUUAAGCUUACUGGGUGCUCUAGUUGGCGGUAUCCUCGGUGGUAUGGCAAUGAGAAUCGGCCGUAGAUCAGUGCUGUUAAUGACGGCUCUGCCAUACACGGUCGCUUGGCUCGCCACGGCGCUGUCCACCAGCGUCGAUAUGAUAUCUGUCACUUCCUUCUGCGGAGGCAUGCUGGUUUGCUGCAUAACUAUGAUAACUCAGGUUUAUGUGACAGAAAUAGCCGUGCCAGAAAUUCGAGGUUGCCUCAGUUCAGUGCUGAAGAUAUUAAGCCAAAUAGGUUUCCUCAUAUCAUUCUCCCUUGGAGCUUAUCUCAAUUGGCAUCAGUUGGCUCUAGUCGUCGCAGCUGCACCAGUUCUACUCUUCUUGGCUCUUCUUUUUAUACCUGAAACACCGUCUUCUCUUCUCCUACGGGGGAAAGAAGAAGAAGCGGCAGAUUCCCUCCAGUGGCUAAGAGGCCCAGAUGCUGACAUACGACAGGAAUUAGCAACGAUCAGAACUAAUAUACUAGCAAGCAAACAGUACCAUGACGGUCGAGCUGGGAAAUUCAAAGUACUUCUAUCCAAAAGAUUAACUAGACCCGUCCUCAUUACUUGCGGUCUCAUGUUCUUCCAAAGAUUCACCGGCGCUCAUGUAUUUAACUUUUACGCGGUCUCAAUAUUUAAAAAAACUUUUAGAAUGAUGAAUCCACACGGUGGUGCUAUUGCGACCAGUGUUGUUCAACUUCUAGCCUCUUGUCUCUCUGGAAUGUUGAUCGAUAAUGUUGGCCGACUGCCUUUACUCAUGAUCAGUGGAGUUAUGAUGUCCAUAGCAUUCGCUGGUUUCGGUUCUUACGCAUAUUACGAUUAUGUCUUCCGAAAUACAACAGAUCUAACUCAAACGGUACAAGGAUCGUACGAUUGGAUACCAUUAUUAUGCGUUCUUACAUUUACAAUUGCAUUUUCUCUUGGUAUUGGUCCGAUAUCCUCGCUCUUAAUAGGAGAAUUAUUUCCUUUAGAAUAUAGAAGUACUGGUAGUGCUUUAGCAACUAGUUUCAGCCACUUGUGUGGUUUCGUUAAUGUCAAAACUGCAGCUGAUUUUCAAUAUUACAUUGGUUUAUAUGGUCUGUUUUGGAUGUAUGCAGGUUUAGCUGUUCUUUGUCUUUUAUUUGUUGUACUAUUCGUGCCAGAAACGAAGGGUCGCGAAAUAGACGAAAUGGAUCCGAAAUAUGUAGAAUCUUUAUGUAUUAAUCGAUAGUAUUAUAAAGGAAAGUAGCGGUGUUUGCAAAUAUAGACUGAAUAUCUUUGUAGAAAAUAGUGGAAAGUGUCUCGAAAAGGCACAGAAGAACACAGUGUUCCUAAGACACUGUGUUCUAUGAAAUCAGCCUUUAUCCAGUAUUAUUUUUAGUAUAUAUGUUUUAGUGUUUUCCGACAGUGCCUUAUCAGUGUGAGUAGUUCCUCUUCCAAUAGUGUCACGAGCUUUAUAUAUUAGAUAUAUAUGACAAAUAAAAACUAGGCUAUAGUUUUUUAGAUGUUUUAAAUUAUUAUUUUCAUAUCCUUCAUCUCGAUGUGUAAAAUUCAAAAGUAGAAAAAAAGAAAAGAGAGUACGUUGAUUUUAAAUAUGGUACAUUUAAAUCACAAACAAGAGGUUUAUUUGUAAAUAUUCAUCACGACGACUUGAGAUCUGCAAUAAAAUAAUAAUGACAUGAUAUAUGUAUAUUUAUUUUUGUAAAUAUGAAUAGUUAAGUUUAUUGUAUAUCUACGUUGUGGUACGUUUAAUAAUGUGAUCAUUUCAUACAUCAACAGUAUUGACUUAUAGUUUAUAUAUUUGUUUCGUGAAAGCAUUGUCAUCUAGUGUAUAAAUCAGAUGUUUUGUUUUUAUAUAGAUCCAUAUUUAUCAAUCAAAUUAUUCUAUUGUGAUAUUAUUAAAGUGUUUGUUAAAUAUUGUUGAAUUUUACACUAAGUUCAGAGUUGAUAUUAUCAAUCAACGAGAAAUUGACCUUUGGAGAAUGAGAAUCGUUUAUAUUUCUUAAAUUUUGUAUUGAAAGUUAAAAAUAAUUAUUGAAAAUUUUACAUGUUUCAAAAUUAUAUAGAAGAUAAAAAAGUGGUGCUAGAAUGGUGCCUUGUGGGAUGCAAAAUAUAAUGUUUUAUAAAUUUGUUAUAUUUUUAACAUUUGUAUAUAAAUAGUUGUAAGUUUGUAAAUAAUAUAAAUAUUUAUGUAUUGUUUUACAAAAAAAUGCCAUAUAUUGACGGGUGUACGUCGUACGCCUUGUUAUAGUAUUGUGACGUGUACUUAAGAAUUGAUGAUUUUAAGUGUUUCAAUAAAAAA